CAAACCGAGCCAAAAUACCCUACAUUACUAUAUAAAACAGAGUCCAUGUUAGCUUCAUCUUCAUAACACAGAGAUUGCUUCCCUUUAUUUUCCGCCAAUGGCCACUGGCCGAUACGCCGUCGCACUGCUCAUCCUAACCCUCGUAUCCAAAUCCAUCUCCCGACCCAUCUUCAUCCAAACCACGCCAGAGAAACUACUAAAAUCCGCCCGACCCGACCCGACAUCCGACGGAUCACUGCCCCGGAGCGUCACCGGCGACGACUGGUACUGCGACAGCUGGAGGUACUCCGUCGAGACCAAUGACGCCGGAGAGUGGAGUCUGGUUCCGGCGAGGUGCGAAGAGUAUGUGGAGGAGUACAUAACCGGCGGCCGGUACCGGUCUGACUCGGAGUUGGUCGCCGUCGAUGCGUCGGCGUUCGCUGAGACGGUGAAUGUCUCCGGCGACGGAAUGGACGCCUGGGUUUUCGAUAUUGAUGAGACCUUGCUCUCCAACGUGCCUUACUACGCAGCCCGCGGGUUCGGAUCAGAAAAGUACAAUGAAACGUCUUGGGACGAAUGGGUGGAUUUAGCUGAGGCCCCUGCCUUACCAGCAAGUUUGAAGUUGUACAAGGAGGUUCAACAGCAGGGGUUCACAAUAUUUCUGUUGACAGGGCGUGAUGAGUCCCAAAGAAAUAUCACGGUGAAAAACCUGCAUUAUGCUGGGUACAGCAACUGGAAAAGGCUUAUACUGAGGCAAGAAUCAGAUUUAGGGAAGCUGGCUAUUGUAUACAAAUCUGAGAGGAGAAAGGCGCUAGAAGAUGAAGGCUAUACGAUACAUGGGAGCUCUGGUGAUCAGUGGAGUGAUUUGUCAGGCUUUGCAAUAGCUGCCCGGUCUUUUAAACUACCAAAUCCAAUGUAUUACAUUGCUUGAAGUAGGUACUCGGUAAUCCUGUACUCUGGUGCUGUAAUAAAAAAAUUUCCGUAUUGAAUGUUACUGACUCAUUGUUGCUUCUCCACAAUCCAUUUGAGUAAUUCAAUGUCUUAUUCAUCGCC